AUGCAGCGGAGCAAGCCCGUGGUGUUCGCGCUGGACACCGAGUUUCUCAAGACGCACGGUCAUGUGCUGACGAGAGCCGUCGCGUUUGUCCCCUUCUCCUCCACAAGCGGCGCCGCCCAUGAACCGCAGGCCGAUGCCCGCGCCGUGGCGACACGUGCGCCUCUUCCUUCUGCUUCCCCACCGUCGCCGUCGAUGCUGAGGCGCCAGACGCUUCGGCGAUCCACCGUUUUUGGGGUUCCCAUCAUUUUGAGCCUCACGCCGGCGGAGGUGAUGCGCCGCGCGGACGUGCUUCCCUGCGGCCACUCCCUCGCCGUGGAGUUGCGCACGGCGUUGGCGCAUGGGGAACGACUCAGGGCAAUUCAGGAGCGACACACACGCCCCGACGCCGAGGCCGCUUUGGGGACAGCGACGGGGGUGACGAGGACGGCACUUGGGGCCGCUCGUGUGUCCCCUACGGCGUUUAACUCGCUCUGCCCCUACAGCAUUCCUAACAUUCGACGGGCGGAUGUUUCCUGGUUUGAGGCCCUCUACUCAGCCGCGGUGCACUCGACGGAUUUUCGUGAGGCGACCAGACGCUUAGCUCACCUCAAAGCCUAUGGAAAAGGAAGGCGUCAGGAGCGGUCCCUUUCCUUCUUGCUGCGGCAACACCCGGCGCUGCUGCAGGAUGUGUUGCGGGAGUCGUUUUCGUCUGCCGAGGCGUGGUGUGCGUGGCUGCGGAUGUGCGGAGACUUGGUGGAGCGGGAGCUGCAUCGCGUGGCUGAGGAAUAUCGCCGUUCGUCUGCAUCCACCGCCUCCCUCUUCGCGCCGGCCAUGGCCAUGGAGGGCGGACGGGAACCCGGAGCCGUGCUGUACAAGGAAUGCGCGAGCGCAGAGGAGCUGUCGCUUGAGCUGAGUCGUCUUUGGCGUUCCUUGCUGCGCCACGGCGGCGGCACGAAACUCUACACUUACGGCGACAUGGACGCGAGAGCCAUACAAGACACGCUGCGACUCGGCUGCUGCGUGCCGGCGCGCCCCAGCCUUGACGCGGACCAGCUUCUCGCCUCCCCCUACGAGGCGAAGGUCGUGGACGUCACGCGGCACACGCUCUUCGCCGCCUCUGGGUUUCGUGCGUCGCCGAGGGUCAUCCCGAGGUUGGGCGACGCCCUGGAAAAGGCGGCGGCCAUUGACGAGGCCGCGGCCCGCCUGCUCGCCCAGAGCGAUCCCCACAACCCCGUUUGGGACGCGAAGGCCCUCGCGUGCAUCGCGGUUGCCUCUGGAAUUUGUCGGUGGUGA